AGUGACUUCAUAUUUGCAGUUACAACGCGCCUUGCUGUUGAGUGUGCUAAGGAGUCUGAUUGACUCGGCCGAGCUGAGUCCAGACUUUCCAGAGCCUGUUUAUCUGGACUGCAACAGCAGUAUUAAAGCAGAUAGUGAAGCUGCAGCCAAAAGCCUUUGGCUGGAGAAUGUACACUGGAACAACUUUGUGGGGUAUGUGCCAAGCAGCGAGGAUCCCUAUACCAGCGAGGCGCUGAGUGAGGCAAGCGAUGAGGAGUCGGUGCCACAUUUGACGUAUUUGGCCAACAUUUCGGCAGGCUACUAUUCCAGUGAGCAUGAAGCAAAGACGGAUUUAGCCAUUUGGGUAUCUGGCACUCUACGACUUCUCAAUGAGACAAUUAGUCCAACUAGACGGUUUUUUCGAAUUGGCACCGCAGAGAGCGUGCCGUGGAGCUACUAUCGACGCAAUCCAAACACUGGUGAGCUGAUUCUCAGCAAAAUGGGUACUCCCAUCUGGGAGGGCUACUGCAUCGAUUUUAUAAAACGGUUAGCAGAGAAGCUCAACUUUGACUACGAAAUCGUUGCACCCGUAAAGGGGCACAUGGGCGACCGCAACGAACGGGGCGAGUGGGAUGGUGUAAUUGGCGAUUUGGUAAGCGGCGAGACGGACUUAGCCAUCGCAGCACUUAAAAUGUAUUCGGAGCGUGAAGAAGUGGUUGACUUUUUGCCUCCCUACUAUGAACAAACUGGCAUCUCUAUAGUGAUGCGAAAACCGAUGCGACGCACCUCACUGUUUAAGUUUAUGACGGUGCUGCGGCUUGAGGUGUGGUUGAGCAUCGUUGCCGCCCUGGUGGGCACAGCGUUGAUGAUCUGGUUCAUGGAUAAGUAUUCACCCUAUAGCUCACGCAAUAAUCGCGACGCUUAUCCAUAUGAAUGCCGGGAGUUUACGCUUCGCGAAAGUUUCUGGUUCGCGCUAACCUCAUUCACACCGCAAGGCGGCGGUGAGGCACCGAAAGCCGUCUCCGGACGCUUGCUGGUUGCUGCAUAUUGGCUGUUUGUGGUGCUUAUGCUCGCCACGUUUACGGCCAACUUGGCUGCGUUUCUUACGGUGGAACGCAUGCAGACGCCUGUGCAGUCGUUGGAGCAGCUGGCGAGACAAUCUCGCAUUAACUAUACGGUGGUCAAAGACUCCGACACGCAUCAAUACUUUAUAAAUAUGAAGUUCGCCGAGGAUACGUUGUAUCGCAUGUGGAAGGAGCUGGCAUUGAAUGCAUCCAAGGACUUUCGCAGGUUUCGAAUUUGGGACUAUCCCAUUAAGGAACAGUUCGGACAUAUUUUGCUAGCCAUUAAUAGCUCGAUGCCGGUCGCGAAUGCGACAGAAGGAUUUCAAAAUGUGGAUGCGCAUGGCAAUGCGGACUAUGCUUUCAUACACGAUUCAGCAGAGAUCAAGUACGAGGUGACUAGAAACUGCAAUCUGACAGAGGUUGGUGAGGUGUUUGCCGAGCAACCCUAUGCCGUUGCCGUGCAGCAGGGCAGCCAUCUUGGUGAUGAGCUGAGCUACGCAAUUUUGGAACUGCAGAAGGAUCGCUUUUUCGAAGAGCUCAAAGGAAAAUACUGGAAUCAGUCAAAUCUACGCCUGUGUCCGCUGUCUGAUGACCAGGAAGGAAUCACCCUGCAAAGCUUGGGUGGUGUUUUCAUUGCUACCUUAUUUGGCCUUAUUAUGGCCAUGCUAACGCUCGUCAUUGAGAUAAUGUACUAUCAGAAAAAGCAAAAGUCCUUGGUGCUGGUAACCCAGGUUAAGCCUCUCGAAGCAAGCAACCCCAACAAAUUUUCCUGGCUUAACACACAAGGGGCAGACAAGGAUAUAAAAAAAAAAAUGAAAACACCAGACAAGAAGCCAACUAAAGUGACACCGCCACCUUCAUUUGAAGCUGCUACAAUUCGAGACAGGAAGACUGCUGGUGCUGUAACGCUGUGUACUGGAAAGCUAAGGCCCAGUGGUCGAGAACAUGGGCUACAUUUUCGCCGAGAGCUGACCGACACGCAGCUUCGCAUAGCUUAUAUAGAAUAAAUUGAUC